AUGGUUCAGAAUAACUGUCCCGGUCAUUAUUUGUUUACUUCUCAGACAUACUUAGUUAUUAAAUCAAGUUUACAAUACAUUAAACUUAUUGUUCGACAUGUUUACUUGGAGUUUCUUCUGAUGGUAGCAUUACACUACAUUAGUUCUAACUUUUCGUAUCCAAUUCAUUUGAUUGUGUCGAAGGGUCCUUCAUUGGAAAAUAACGAAGUGGUUGGCUUUGAUGAAGAAGCGAAAAAAGUGAUCGAGCGUCUUGUUGAAGGAUCAGAGUGUCUAGACGUUAUCCCGGUUGUGGGAAUGCCGGGGCUUGGUAAAACCACGUUGGCAAGAAAAAUCUAUCAUGAUCCUAAGAUUCCAGAUGAAUUUUUCUAUUGUAUUUGGGUUUUCGUUGGUCAGUCAUAUAUAAAAAAGGAUAUCCUUUUUAAUAUCUUGAAAGGGUUCACGAAACGCAUUGAAGAGUUCCAAGACAUGGAUGAGACUGAAAUAGCUGAGGAAAUAUGUGAUAGCGUAGAUAAGUCGGGAGGUAAAUGUCUCAUUGUCUUGGCCGAUGUGUGGGAUUCAGAUAUUGUAGAUUUUGUCAAGACAGUUUUUCCAGAAAACAACAGAGGCCACAGAAUCAUGGCAACCACUCGAUACAUACAUGUGGCUACAGCUGUGAAUGCAGAUCCUCACAAUCUGAAGUUUCUGACUCAGAAGGAAAGUUUUCAGCUGUUGGAAAAGAGAGCUUUUGGCAAAAGUCGUUGUCCUGUUGAGUUAAAAGAACAUGAAGAAGGCAUUGUAGAAAAAUGUAGUGGAGUACCACUUACAAUUGUGGUAAUUGCUGGAGCUUUAAGAGGUCGUACAAACGAUAGUGAUUGGAGGGUAGUCAAGGAAAAUGUGGGGAAGUACCUUAUAGAAAAAGACGAACAUCAGAGAUGCCUGAAGAUUGUGGGACUGAGUUACAAUCAUUUGCCUCAAGAUAGAAAGGCUUGCUUCUUGCAUUUUGGUGCCUUUCCUCAGGGUUUUGAUAUUCCAGCUUGGAAAUUGAUUCGCCUGUGGAUUGCUGAGGGGCUCAUAAUGGCUAACUUGCCAGGUAGUGAAAUUGAGGAGAUAGCAGAGUGUCACUUGAAUGACUUUGCCAAUAGGAAUUUAGUGAUGGUGAUGGAGAAGAGGUGUAACGGUCAAAUAAAAACAUGUCGUGUUCACGACAUGUUACAUGAGUUUUGCGUUAAGGAGGCUACUAGACUAUGUCUUAUCCAACAACUGGAAUGCCUUGAGGUCUUAAAGUUGAAAGAAGAUGCAUUCACGGGGAAGUCCUGGAAGGUGGAAACAGGAGGUUUUAGGAAACUCCGGGUGUUACAGAUUGAAAACGCAAAAUUUGAAACAUGGGAGGCAUCAAAUUGUCCCUUCCCAAGACUUCGGAACCUUAUUCUAGUCUCCUGUGUUGAUCUUAAGGCUGUGCCACUUGAGCUGGCUGAUUUAGAGUACCUUCAAGAGAUGACGCUGGACAACACCAAAAAAGCCAACGAAUCUGCAAAAGAAAUAGAAUGCAAGAAACAAGAGAAGCAAACUCCAGAAAGCGUCAAAUUCAAGCUCACUAUUCCUUACUGA